UUCCGUCCAUAACAACAAGAGUCGAAAAGUGCAUGUAAGAAAAGUGGAUUUUGUAGAGUAUAUAUGCACGUACGCACCAUGUGUGCAGAAAAACGAUAGAAUACGAUUAGAUUUAUAUUAUUUUACCCAUAAUUUCCCCUUUGAUUGGUUCAUCAAGCCGCAAAAACGAAGAUGACAUCAAUCAAUGGGCACACAAAUGGAAUAAACGGACAUACACCAAAUGGAACUGGUCAUGUGAGUAAUGGACACAACAGCAGUCGCAGUCGAUCCCGAACAGAAUGGAGAGGCAAAGGCCCAGACGGGAUACCAAGACUGCCUCCGAUAGAAAAACCCAGUGUCAGAGAUGACCCCUAUGCAAACAGCAAACUGAUGACAUUUCGCAUGGCUGAUCACAGACAGGAGUUGCUGAAAAGGAUUAUUCAAGACAAUGCAUACCAAGCCAUGGAGGAGACGGCAGAAAUCAAUGCCAGAACUCCCCCAGGGGACCAGCUACCAGACUACCCUGCUGAGAUGAUGAGUAAGGACAGGAGAGUUAGGAUCAACUAUCAGUUCAUGAAGAAGUGCGUUGAGAGUGCCCCUGCCACCCCUAUACAACAGCAGUGGUUUGACAACAUACUGACCAUGAUCCCUGACCACCUGAAGAAACUGCCCGGCAUGAAAUACGUGGUCAAGGAGACCUUUGAAGAGGUCAAGGUCAACUUUGAAAACAGCAUGAAAAUGUCACGAGUUCAACUAGCCUUGGUCAAGCCAGCAGUGAAAGGUCUGGAGGGGGAGGAUGUUGGUGGAAUGCCAGAGGAACCCACAGGACUGGACUACUCUCGGCCGUGGCACGAGGACUAUGUGGCCGCUAAGGACAAUAUCAGGUCUAACCUCCACAUUGUCCACCCUGCUCUACAGAAAGUCCUGGACCUGUGUCAGCAGUCCCUGGGCAACAUGCUGGUGGUGGACUUCUCUGGUUACAGACAACAGGGAGCCAUGGACUUUGAAGUGCUGAGGAACAAUGUAAUCCUGGAGUGUGAGAGAGCAGAGGAAAAGCUGAUGGCCAGCUGGUACCCUCAUGUAAUCAAUAUAUUUGCUGACAAAAACAUCUCCAAGGACAUGAGAGGAGAGAGGCUGGAGUCCUUCUACCACUGUGUGUCCACACUGCUGGCUAACCAGAUGAAAGACUUACUAGUGAGGACCAUCAAUGGCUGGCUCUGUCUCUUUGACGUGGACAACAAGGAGCACCUGCCCAUCCUGAAGAUGGAGCUGACCUUUGACGACCAGAAGAUGCAGUUCUACCCUGCCUAUGAGGACCUGGAGGAGCUGAUCUUGUUUGUUGUUCACCAGAUCACCAAAACCAUGCAGCAGGUCCCCACCGUUUCCUCCUGGCUGGCUGGGGGCAACACCCUCAACCAUAUCAACGCCAACGUGGCCGAGCAUUUAGUCCAGGGGGCGCUGAAGACGCUCAGAGACGCUGUGAAGAGAAACUUUGAGGAGCCUAACGCACAUCUGCAGUCCUUUGUGGACAGGUUCAGCCAUAUUGUAAAUGGAGAAGACAUGGCAGAGAUCCAGAAGUUCAUGUCAGAGGAACACUCCUUCCAUGAGUACUGCAAGUAUGUGGAACAUUUCCGCAAUCUGGCCAAGGAGAUCCUCAGUCUGCCCAGUAUAGAAACUUUCGACAUGAUCCGCCUGGACUGUGAGGACCUGAAGAGAGGUCUGGCAGACGCGGCUAAGGAGCUGGCAGACGUCCUGCUGAACAGAAUGGCUCAGGACCACAGGACUGAGAACACAAGUAUUUGUGAUGAGUUUGCAGACAUCAAGGCACGUGCCACCAAGGAACCAGAGACCAGCGAGGACCUGAUGGAGAUGCAGGCCUUCGUGGAACAGGCCAGGACCUUUGGCAUGAUAAAACUCAGAGAGAGAAUUAAUGAAUGUCAGCAGAGGUUGGACUACCUCUUGGAGUCGUACUUCUUCUCUCAAGAGGACCUUGACUUAAAUAGUGAAGUGCUCACAUGGCCACAGAGAAUCAACCCAGUGUUUGAUGCCAAUGAUGAGCUUGUUGAAAAGUCCAGACAAGACGGUGAGAGGCAGCUCCUGGAACGCAAGGAGAAACUGAUGCUGGAAUUGGAGAAACUGAAACAGAGGGUAGACGAGUUCAAUGACUACGGGGAGAUGGACAUGAUGGUGCAGUACGUCCAGGAUGUCAGAGCUGUGCAGAAGAGGUUGACAGAGGCCGAGGAAGCUAUUGAGUGGGUUAACAAGGAGGAAGUCCUCUAUAAAUAUCCAAUCAGUACGUAUCCUGACGUGGAUGAGAUCAAGGUGGCCAUUGAUCCCUUCCAGAGACUCUUCAACAUUGUCCUCAAGUGGCAGAAAGCCAACAAAAAGUGGAUGGAUGGAGCAUUCCUGGACCUGAACUCUGAAGCCAUCGAGGCCGAAGCUGACGAAUACUUCAGAGAAAUCUACAAAAUACAGAAAGUCUUCAACAACAAACUCAAGAAAAUGUUGGCAGAGAAGGAAGAGCGUGACCGCGAGAAGAAGAAGCGGCGCCGUGCGCAGGUUGAGGGUGAGGACGGGGAGAAAAAAGAGGAAGAAGACGAGGACAAAGUGGUGCCCCCUGCUGCCGUGAAGGUGUGCUCCAUAGUACAGGAGGAGAUGAAGGAGUUCAAGGAGUACAUCCCUGUGGUGUCCAUCCUCUGUAACCCUGGCAUACGAGAGCGCCACUGGGCCAAGAUGUCUGAAAUAGCAGGCUUCGAUAUCACUCCAGACAGUGGCUCCACCUUGAGGAAGGUUCUCAAACAAAACCUGGAUGAGUACAUGGAGCGCUUUGAGGGGAUCUCUGCUGCGGCCACCAAGGAACACUCUUUGGAGAAGGCCAUGUUAAAGAUGCAGGAGGAGUGGGCAGACAUCAGUUUUAGCCUGACAGCAUACAGAGACACUGGGAUCAGCAUCUUGGCCUCUGUGGAUGAGAUUCAAACUAUGCUGGACGACCAGAUUGUGAAGACACAGACUAUCAGAGGGUCACCCUUCAUUAAGCCUUUUGAGAAAGAAAUCAAGGAAUGGGAGGACCGUCUGAUGCGUAUCCAGGAGACAAUAGACGAGUGGCUGAAGGUACAGGCACAGUGGCUCUACCUGGAGCCCAUCUUCUCCUCUGAGGACAUCAUGUCACAGAUGCCAGAGGAGGGACGGCUCUUCCAGACUGUUGACAGAAACUGGAAGGAUGUGAUGAAACACACUGUCAGGGAUCCCAAGGUAAUGGCGGCCACCAGUCUCAAUGGACUUCUGGAGAAACUAGUAGACAGCAACGCUCUCCUGGACAAGAUCAACAAGGGGCUGAAUGCCUACCUGGAGAAGAAGAGAUUGUUCUUUCCAAGGUUCUUCUUCUUAUCUAAUGAUGAAAUGCUGGAGAUUCUGUCCGAGACUAAGGACCCAACUCGUGUGCAGCCUCACUUGAAGAAAUGUUUUGAAGGCAUCGCAAAACUAGAAUUUGACAAAAGCCUGGACAUCCACAGCAUGUUCAGUAGUGAGGGGGAGAAAGUCAAACUCAGUGAAGUCAUCUCUACGUCUGAGGCAAGAGGCGCCGUGGAGAAAUGGCUGCUACAGGUACAGGACACCAUGUUGGUCUCUGUGAGGGACGUCAUCGCUGACUCUCGCGAGGCCUACGAAACAACCGCUCGUGAAAAGUGGGUCUUGGACUGGCCCGGUCAGGUGGUCUUGGCUGUGUCCCAAAUUUUCUGGACCCUGGAGAUCCACGAAGCCAUUAAAGGGGGUCCGCAGGGACUCCUGGAUUACUGGGAGAAGUUAAAGCAGCAGAUGGCCCACAUAGUGGAUCUGGUCAGAGGAAAACUGACCAAACAGCAGAGGACAACCCUUGGGGCCUUGGUGGUCAUUGAUGUCCACGCCAGAGAUGUGACCAAGGAAAUGGCCGACAAAGGUGUGUCCUCAGAGAAUGACUUCCAGUGGCUGGCCCAGCUCAGAUAUUACUGGAUAGAUGAAAGGGUCAAGGUCAAGCUGACCAAUGCCACAGUCAGUUACGCCAAUGAAUACCUGGGGAAUUCUGCACGUCUUGUGAUCACCCCGCUGACAGACAGAUGUUACCGUACCCUGAUAGGGGCGUACCAUCUCCACCUGAAUGGCGCCCCUGAGGGUCCUGCAGGGACAGGAAAGACGGAGACCACCAAGGAUCUUGCCAAGGCCCUGGCUGUGCAGUGUGUGGUCUUCAACUGCUCAGAUGGUCUGGAUUAUAUUGCCAUGGGGAAGUUCUUCAAAGGUCUUGCCUCAGCUGGUGCCUGGGCAUGUUUUGACGAGUUCAACAGAAUAGAACUGGAGGUGCUCUCUGUGGUGGCACAGCAGAUUCUGUGUAUCAUCAGAGCAGUACAGGGGAAUGUGGACACCUUCAUAUUUGAGGGCACAGAGCUCAAACUGGUCCCCACCUGCUAUGUCUGCAUCACCAUGAACCCUGGGUACGCAGGGCGCUCCGAACUCCCAGACAAUCUCAAGGUUCUGUUCAGAACUGUGGCCAUGAUGGUGCCGGACUACGCCAUGAUUGGUGAAAUUUCUCUCUACUCAUUUGGGUUCUUGGAUGCCCGUAACUUGGCAGUGAAGAUUGUGACGACGUAUCGUCUGUGUUCUGAGCAGCUGUCGUCACAGUUCCAUUAUGAUUAUGGUAUGAGAGCCGUGAAAGCUGUCUUGUCAGCUGCUGGAAAUCUCAAGCUCAAGUUUCCUGAUGAGAAUGAAAAUAUACUGCUGCUGAGGUCCAUCAUUGACGUUAACCUGCCCAAAUUCUUGGCCCACGACAUCCCCCUGUUUAACGGUAUCAUCUCUGAUCUGUUCCCCGGGGUUGUCCUGCCCAAACCAGACUACAAGGUAUUCCUGGAUGCCGUCUCCACGGUGGCAGAGAAACGCCACAUCCAGACCGUAGACUUUUUCUUGGAGAAAGUGAUCCAGACGUAUGAAAUGAUGAUUGUCAGACACGGAUUCAUGUUGGUUGGAGAACCAUUUGGGGGCAAGACGGUGGUCCUCAAUGUACUGGCGGAGGCCAUGACUCUGCUGAACGAGACGGGACAUGAGGAGGAGUAUGAGAAGGUCAUGUUCAGGGUCAUCAAUCCCAAGUCCAUCACCAUGGGGCAGUUGUAUGGACAGUUUGACCCUGUGUCCCACGAGUGGACAGAUGGUAUUGUUGCCAACACCUUCAGAGAGUUUGCCUCCACAGACACGCCAGACAGGAAGUGGGUCAUCUUUGACGGUCCCGUAGAUGCGGUGUGGAUUGAGAACAUGAACACGGUGCUGGAUGACAACAAGAAGCUGUGUCUGAUGAGUGGAGAGAUCAUUCAGAUGUCCAACCCCAUGAGUCUGAUCUUUGAGACCAUGGAUCUGUCUGUGGCCUCUCCUGCUACAGUCAGUAGGUGUGGUAUGGUGUACCUAGAACCUACCACCCUGGGCUGGAGACCCCUGAGGAAGUCGUGGAUGGAGGUUCUCCCGGAGCCCCUCAAGGUGGAGUCAGAGCUGAUAGAGGAGAUGUUUGAGUGGAUGGUGGACCCCUGUCUGGAGUUCAUGAGGAAACAGUGCAAGGAGUACUGUCCCACUCAGAUGGCCAACUUGGUGAAGUCUUUCAUGAACUUCAUUGACAUGUUGAUGCAUGAUGUGGUCAAUAAGGAAGACGCCAUGGAGAAUAAACAUAUCAGAGGAUACCUAGUGAGCACCAUCAUUUUCUCAGCCGUCUGGUCAAUAGGUGGCGUUGCAGACUACGACAGCCGAGCCAAGUUUGAUGUUUUCUUCCGUGAGCUGCUGGCAGGCAAGCAGGAAGACAACCCCAUUCCUAAGUCCCUGGGGAAGCUGGACAUCCCUCUCCCUGACAACGGGAUGGUCUAUGACUACAUGUUUGAGCAAAAAGCUCGCGGCCAGUGGAGACACUGGAAUGACUUUGUCAAAGGCUCUGACCUUCCAGCCAAUAAGAAGAUCCGUGAGAUCUUGGUGCCUACCAUGGACACGGUUCGCUACACGUACCUGAUGGACCUCUGCAUCACACAUGAGAAGCCCAUCUUGUUUGUUGGCCCCACAGGGACAGGCAAGAGUGCCUACGUCCAGGAGAAGAUGAUGAACAACUUGUCCAAGGAGAGUUACAUGCCAGCCUUUGUCAACUUCUCUGCUCAGACCAGUGCCAACCAGACACAGUUCAUCAUCAUGUCCAGGCUUGACAAGAGGAGGAAGGGUGUGUUUGGACCCCAGGUUGGGAAGAAGGCCGUCAUCUUCGUAGACGACUUGAACAUGCCCCAGAAGGAGAUCUACGGAGCUCAGCCUCCCAUUGAGUUACUAAGACAGUUCUUUGAUCAUGGGAACUGGUAUGACUUGAAAGACACCACAAAGAUUGUCUUGAUUGAACUACUUUUCCUGGCGGCCAUGGGUCCCCCUGGUGGCGGGCGAAAUGAAGUAACUCCCAGAUUCAUGAGACAUUUCAACAUUGUUGGCAUCACGCCUUUUAAUGAUGAAACUAUGACCAAGAUAUUCUCUGCUCUGUUGACUACAUAUUUGAGGAGACAAGAAUUCCCACCAGAUUUCUUCGCCACAGGCAACCAGAUCGUUCACGCGACACUGGACAUCUACAAGGCAGCCAUGCAGAACCUGCUACCGACGCCGGCCAAGUCGCACUACCUGUUUAACCUGCGUGACUUCUCCAGGGUGGUGUUGGGAAUUUGUCUGAUCAAGAAGACCGAGGUUGAGAACAAGAGGGUCAUGAUCAGACUGUGGGUCCACGAGGUGAUGAGGGUGUUCUAUGACCGUCUCAUUGAUGACAAAGACAGGGCAUGGCUCUUCAAGAUCGUAGGAGAGAUGGUAAAAGACCACUUCAAGGAAAGCAUGGACGCAGUGUUUGAACACCUGGCUAAUGGAGGGCAGGGAGGAAAGCUUGCUGAGUCAGACCUGCGAAGUCUUAUGUUUGGUGAUUACAUGAACCCCGAUGCAGACGCGGAAGAUCGUGUGUACCAGGAGGUGUCCUCCCUGGAUACCUUCUACACUAUAGCAGAGGGUGCCCUGGAGGAGUACAACCAGACACAUAAGAAUAGAAUGGACCUGGUCAUCUUCAGGUAUGCGUUGGAGCAUCUGUCCCGUAUCAGUCGUAUCCUGCGUGUGCCAGGUGGAAAUGCUCUCCUGGUGGGUGUGGGAGGUAGUGGACGCCAGUCACUGACCAGACUGGCCACAGCUAUGGCUGGGUAUGGACUCUUCCAGCCAGAGAUCUCCAAGAACUAUGGCACACAGGAGUGGAGGGAGGACCUCAAGACUGUCCUGAAGAAGGCCGGUGGAGAGGGCAAGCCGACCACAUUCCUGAUCACAGACUCUCAGAUCAAACAAGAGUCCUUCCUAGAGGACAUAGAUGGCCUGCUUAAUGCUGGGGAGGUGCCCAACCUCUUCCCUCCUGAUGAGAAGGCAGAACUGAUGGAGCUGGUCAGACCUGCUGCUCAAGCCGGUGACAAAAACGCCGAGUUCACUCCACUUGCCUUGUUUGCCUUCUUCGUCAACCGCUGCCGCGAAAACCUCCACAUCGUCAUCGCCUUCAGUCCCAUCGGAGAUGCCUUCCGUAACCGUCUCCGCCAGUUCCCGUCCCUUAUCAACUGCUGUACUAUCGACUGGUUCCAGCCAUGGCCUGAGGAUGCCUUGGAGAGAGUAGCCUCCAAGUACCUGGAGGUCCUGGACAUUGAGGAGGACUGGAAGAAGGAGAUUGUCACCAUCUGUAAAAGUUUUCACACCAGUGCCGCUGAUCUCUCUGCAAGUUUCCUGGAGCAGCUUGGCAGACAUAACUACGUGACCCCGACCUCUUACCUGGAGCUGAUCUACUCCUUCAAGAACCUGCUCACCUCCAAACAGGACACCACCAUGAAGGCCAAAAGGAGGUACGAAGUGGGGCUGGAGAAACUGGCCUUUGCUGCCUCUCAGGUUGCUGAUAUGCAAAAGGAGCUGGAAGAGCUUCAGCCACAGCUGGCCGUCGCCGCCGAGGAAAACGCCAAGAUGAUGGUGAUUAUCCAGAAAGAAUCUGUAGAAGUUGAGGAGACCAGUAUUAAAGUAAAGGCAGACGAGGAGGUGGCUAAUGAGCAAGCCACGGCUGCCAAGGCUCUUAAAGAAGAAUGUGAGGGCGACUUGGCCGAGGCUAUUCCUGCUUUGGAGGCGGCCAUUUCUGCCUUGAAUACUCUCAAACCAGCAGACAUUACGAUUGUGAAGUCGAUGAAGAAUCCUCCCGCUGGUGUGAAACUUGUGAUGGAGGGCGUAUGUGUCAUGAAGGAGAUCAAACCAGAGAAAAUAAACGACCCAGGCGGCUCAGGAAAGAAGAUUCUUGACUACUGGGGACCUUCCAAGAAACUUCUUGGUGACAUGAAUUUCCUGAAUAUGUUGAAGGAGUAUGACAAGGAUAAUAUUCCAGUUGCUGUCAUGACCAAAAUCAGAAAAGAAUACUGCACCAACCCCGAGUUUGACCCCGUCAAAGUUGCCAAAGCCUCCUCGGCUGCCGAGGGUCUCUGCAAGUGGAUCCUGGCCCUGGAGAUCUAUGACCGCGUGGCCAAAGUGGUGGCCCCCAAGAAAGCCAAACUGGCCGAGGCAGAGUCGGAACUGGCCACCACCAUGGGCAUCUUGAAUACCAAGCGGGCUGAGCUGAAGGCGGUCCAGGAUAGGUUGGCGAACCUUAACAAGAGCUUCCAGGAGAUGACGGACAAGAAGGCAAAGCUGGAGUUUGAGGUGGACCUGUGUGGGAAGAAACUGGUGCGCGCCAAGAAGCUGAUUGGUGGAUUAGGAGGCGAGAAGGACAGGUGGACCCAGGCUGCUGCCAACCUCCAGAACAUCUAUGACAACCUGGCUGGUGAUGUGCUGAUAUCAGCCGGGGUUGUGGCUUAUCUUGGACCAUUCACGUCUGCCUUCAGGGACAGACAAACUGCAUUGUGGGUCAAGACUUGCACAGAGAAGAAGAUUCCAUGCACCCAGGAGUUCUCCCUGACCAAGAUUCUUGGUGAACCAAUCAAAAUUCAGGCGUGGAACAUUGCGGGUCUUCCCAAGGACAGCUUCUCCAUUGAUAAUGGUGUCAUUGUGGCCAACUCCCGGAGAUGGCCCCUGAUGAUAGACCCCCAGGGCCAGGCCAACAAAUGGAUCAAGAACAGUGAGAAGGACAACCACCUUGGCGUCAUCAAGCUGACGGACUCCGACUACAUCCGUAACCUGGAGAACAGCAUCCAGUUCGGCUAUCCUCUUCUGCUGGAGAAUGUCGGAGAGGAGCUGGACCCGUCGCUGGAGCCUCUGCUGCUGAAGCAGACCUUUAAACAAGGUGGUGUUGACAUGAUCCGUCUUGGUGAGAACGUGAUAGAAUACAGCAAGGACUUCCGCUUCUACAUCACCACCAAGUUGCGUAACCCCCAUUAUCUGCCAGAGGUCGCCACCAAGGUGUCGCUGCUCAACUUCAUGAUCACCCCAGAGGGGCUGGAGGAUCAGCUGCUGGGUAUCGUGGUCGCCAAAGAAAGGCCAGAGUUGGAGGAAGAAAGGCAGAGUUUGAUCAAGACCAGCGCUGCCAACAACCGUCAGCUGAAGGAGGUUGAGGAUAAGAUUCUACAUACUCUGUCAGCCUCUGAGGGCAACAUUCUGGAAGACGAGUCUGCCAUUCAGAUCUUAGACUCCUCCAAGAUUCUUUCAGAUGAGAUCUCUAAGAAGCAAAAGAUCGCAGAGGAAACAGAGAAGAAAAUCGAGGCAUCCCGUGUGGGCUACCAGCCCAUCGCCAAACACUCUGCCAACCUGUUCUUCUCCAUUGCUGAUCUGCCCAACAUAGACCCCAUGUACCAGUACUCCCUGAUGUGGUUUGUCAACCUCUACAUUAACUCCAUACAGGACAGCAAUAAAUCGAAGAUCUUAGAAAAGCGCAUACGCUAUCUCAGAAACCACUUUGAGUACAACUUGUACGCCAAUGUGUGCCGAUCCUUGUUUGCAAAAGACAAGCUGGUCUUCUCAUUUUAUAUGUGUGCUAAUUUGGAAUUCAACAAAUCCAAGAUCCUGGAGAAACGCCUGCGUUACUUGUCAGAACACUUCACGUUGAAUCUGUAUACCAACGUCUGUAGAUCUCUCUUUGAAAAGGAUAAGCUCCUUUUCUCUUUCAUUCUCUGUUCCAAUAUGCUGUUAGCCAAGAAUGACCUUGACUAUGAUGAGUUCAUGUUCCUCCUUACUGGAGGUGUGGGCUUGGAGAACAAACUCCAGAACCCUGACAAGUCGUGGCUGUCUGACAAAUCCUGGGAUGAGUUAUGUCGUCUUUGUGACCUACCCUCCUUCAAGGGAUUUAGGGAGAGUUUCACGGGGGCUAUAGAAGACUGGCGCAAGUACUAUGAGAGCAAGGAACCCCACAACACCCCGCUACCCGAACCCUGGCAGUCCAAACUGACGGAGUUCCAGAGGAUGAUGGUCCUCAGGUGUAUCAGGCCAGAUAAGAUUGUACCUGCCGUGACCAAAUUUGUGAUUGAAAAACUUGGGCCCAAAUUCGUUGAGCCACCUCCUUUCAAUCUGGCAAAGAGUUACCAAGAUUCCAAUUCGUGUGCACCACUGAUUUUCGUGCUUUCGCCUGGUGCUGAUCCCACCAUGGCCUUGCUGAAGUUUGCAGAGGACAAAGGUUUUGGAGGAAAUAAACUGGAUUCCAUCUCUCUGGGCCAGGGACAGGGACCCAUAGCUGCCAGGAUGAUAGAACGCGCCAAGGCAGACGGCUGCUGGGUCUUGCUGCAGAACUGCCAUCUGGCGGUGUCCUGGAUGACGCAGCUGGAGAAGAUAUGCGAGGAACUGGUUCCUGAGAACACCAGUCCUGACUUCCGCCUCUGGCUCACCAGUUAUCCCUCUGCCAAGUUCCCUGUGACAGUAUUACAGAAUGGUGUCAAGAUGACCAAUGAGCCCCCUACAGGACUGAGACAGAACUUGCUGCAGUCGUACCUCAACGAUCCCAUCUCUGACCCUGAGUUCUUCAGCGGCUGUCCAGGGAAGGAAUCUACCUUUGAGAAGCUGCUGUAUGGGCUGUGUUUCUUCCAUGCUCUGGUCCAGGAGAGGAGGAAGUUUGGUCCCCUGGGGUGGAACAUUGCCUAUGGCUUCAAUGAGUCUGACCUCAGGAUAUCUGUUAGGCAGCUACAGAUGUACAUCAAUGAGUACGACGAGGUGCCGUACGAGGCCAUAUCUUACCUGACAGGUGAGUGUAACUAUGGCGGCAGGGUGACGGACGACAAGGACAGGAGAACCCUAAACACCAUCCUGGCCGACUUCUACAACCCUCUGGUUCUAGAAGACCCCAAGUACAAGUUUUCUCCCAGUGGAAUCUACAUCCUACCACCCAAAGGAGACUAUGACAGCUACCUGGAGUUUAUCAAGGCGUUACCGCAGAGCCAGUCCCCAGAAGUAUUUGGCAUGCACGACAACGUGGACAUCUCGCGUGAGCUCCAGGAGACCAAGGACAUGUUUGACUCCGUCCUGCUUACCCUGGGGAGUAGCGGAGGGGGUGGGGGCGGGAAGAGCGACUCACAGCUGGCAGACAUAGCAGAGGAUAUCUUGAAGAAGCUUCCGAAGAAUUUUGACCUGGAAGUGGCGUCAAAGAAGUACCCAGUAACGUACAACGAGAGCAUGAACACUGUCCUCACACAGGAGAUGGAGAGAUUCAACAAGUUGCUGACCAUCAUCCGCACCAGUCUGAUCAACACACAGAAGGCCAUCAAAGGACUGGUUGUGAUGAAUGCCGAGCUGGAGGCCCUGGCGCAUAGCCUGCUCAUUGGCAAACAGCCGGCCAUGUGGCAGAAGAGGUCCUACCCCUCCCUGAAACCUCUGGGAAGCUACAUCAAUGAUUUCCUGGAAAGGCUCAAAUUUUUACAG